CUCCCACACACGGUCACGUGGCUGUGACAUCCGGGCUGCUUAUUAGUGGAGCUGCUGCGGCCUGUCCAGAGAAGGGAACAGGAAACCGGAAAGUGGGAUUGUGGUGGCGCAGGGUUUAAAUGGCAGAGAGGUGCAGUACAACACGAGAAAGGGAUUGCUAGAGCUCUGUCACCUUCCUCGCUUAGCCAAGCCGUUGCCUUUUGUCAGGGCACAAACCAAACAUGUCCACUGUGCGUAACUCCUUAAUUACGUUGACAAGGGCAACACCCGGAAGUGUUCGCGAGAGUGGGGUGCCAGGAGCUGGAGAUUUUAGCAGAAUGGCUGCCUCCUCUUCAUCCUCUUCAGCUGGUGGAGUAAGUGGGAGUUCUGUUACUGGAUCUGGAUUUAGCGUUUCAGAUUUAGCUCCUCCAAGGAAAGCGCUGUUCACUUGCCCAAAAGCAGCUGGAGAAAUGUUAGAAGAUGGUUCAGAGAGGUUCCUGUGCGAGUCAGUUUUCAGCUAUCAGGUUGCAUCCACCUUAAAGCAGGUGAAGCAUGGUCUAAUUUUUUCAGAUCAGCAAGUAAGUCGCAUGGAGAAGCUGGCUGGUUUAGUAGAAGAGCUUGAAGCAGAUGAAUGGCGGUACACCCCCAUAGAGCAGCUUUUGGGAUUCACCCCAUCUUCUGGUGGAAAGUGACCAAAAUGAAGACUAUUUGGACUAUUAACUCCAACCUGUAAUUUGGAGAGAUUCUAGGACUCCUAAACCUACUUUCCUAUGACAAAAAAGACACUGUAUUAUGGGAAAUAAUGUAUUGUGAUCUGGCUGUCGUACCCUCUCAUGAGACAUAGUGAAAUAUGUUUACAUUCUGUCUCUAGAACACUGAACAUAGCUCUUUACUGCAAGUAUUCUCCUCUUGCUCUGAUGAGCACUCUGUGGAUUCCAUAAAUACAGCAAGAGCAGCGAGGUCACAUGGAUCAUAUGUGCUACAGUCAAGUGUUUGGAAAGAGGGAAAUGUUAUGAUGUACUUUUUGUCUGUAUCCAGUGUGUCAAAGGGAUUGGAUUACCACUUGGCAGUUGUAUUGUGAUCUCUCAUUACUUUGUAGUGAAUUAACCAUUUCAAACCCCCUAGACAUUGCAUUCUAUUGCAAACAGCACUAGUCUACCAAGCAGAUAAAAUCACCCUGGGAUUCAUUUCUAUUUUUAGAAAUGUGUUUAUCAAGUGGAGAACUCUAACUUGCACCCAUUGAUAAAUACACUUCUAAUAUCCCAUAGGAAAAAAUUAAAAGUGGGUGAUUUUUUGUGGUAAACUCUAAUCUCACAUAUUUUUAAAAUCUGCCCCAUAAUCUAAAAUAUCCUGACUAUCUUGGCAGAUGAUUCUUAUUUUUAUUCUAAAACCUCUUUAGGUGUCAAUCAGACGACUCUACAGUUAUGUUUGCUAGUCCUACUGGUUUUACAGUGCCUUUUCACCAGCAACAAAGGGAAGCGCCGGUGGAAAGUCCUACACAUCGCUUUGGUUUUCUGUAGGCCCUUCCACUGGCAGGUACCUUUGUUGUCUGUGAAAGGGCAUUUUGGAGAGAUUAGUUGCCCACAGUAGCUGAAAUCUAUGGCGGGCGACUAAUCCCUCUGUGGCACAUUACCCUCAGUGGCAUAUUUAUCAAGCUACUUCACUCUUGCUUCAAAGCCCCACUGAUUUUAAUGGGUUGCACCAGGUCUAAGGAUCAAAAUAAUGAUGUACGUUUCUGGAGAAAUUUAAAUACAAAGCUUCAUAAAUAUCACCGCUUUGACAGCUAAAUAAAUAGCUUUUGUAUUAUUGUAUGCAGCCUGAUGAGGUGUUACAUAUUCCUUUCACUGUCUGAGUGUACAUAUAAACACAGACUCUCUUCUGUGGGAGCCUUUGUACUGUCAGUUGCUGUCAUCAAUGUGUUUUAUGCUGUUUAGUACAAAUAAAUACCCAAAUAGACUCUU